AUAUGACGUCAUAAUCACCAUCUGAUCUAUUUUCUUUCAGUGUUGACAGGAAGAGUGUUAUUUGUUGUGUUAUUGUCCAAGAUCCUGUAGAAGCACUUAAAAAUGGGGAAAGGAUUUAACAAUUACAUGUGCAAGAAAUUUUUCCAUCCUGCAUCGAGGGAUAAUCUGAAAAGAGUAUGGAUGGCAGAGCAAAAGUCGGACGCAUACAAGAAAAAGCAGGAAGAAUUACGACAACAGUACGAGAAGGAGCAAGACUUACACGACAAUAAGGCGAUGCUUAGCAAGGAGAGUAAGGAUAAACUGAGCAUAAACUUCAUGUACGAACCUCCACCCGGUGCGAAGAAAGAACGCGACCGAGACGAAGUGGAACCCGAGUACAAAUUCGAAUGGCAACGCAAAUACAACGCACCUCGUGAAAGCUACUGCAAAGGCGAUCAAGAAAUUAGAGAUCAACCCUUUGGAAUUCAAGUUCGUAAUGUUCGAUGUAUCAAGUGUCACAAAUGGGGCCAUAUUAAUACUGACAAAGAAUGUCCAAUGUACAGCCUGUCGAUGAGCGCGGCACGUUCGUUAGAAGCUGCACCAAUUAUGGAUCAGAAAUCACUGGUGCAACAGAUGUUAGAUGACGGAUUGGCAUUGAAAAAACAGCAUUUUAACAUAUCAGAGUCUGCAAGACAGAACUUAAUUGUUGAGGAUGAUGAUCAAAAUGACGAGGUAACGUUCAUUCAGUCCCUUACAAAGAAACAGAAGAAAGCACUGUUGAAGAAGCUGGAGAAAAUAGAGAAAAAAGCGAAAAAGGAGAAGAAGAGGAAGCUAAGGGGAAGUUCACAAAGCAGCAACGAAUCAGAUAAUGAUAAGAAGAAGAAACACCGCACACUUUUGAAGCACAGAGAGAAAGAUCAAGGGAAACAUUCCAAACAUUCUUAUAAACGAUAAGUGGGUAGUCACUGUAAACUGUUACUGCGAGAAUAUAUUUUGUAAUAAUGUAUUUAAGGUCACAUUUUUAGGACUGUGUAUUUGGACUUAAGUUAAAUAUGUUCAUGAAGUACCUACCUAUUUAAUUGUGGGAUAAUCAUUUGCCUUUUCCUAAUUUUUUGUAAAUAUAUGUAAGUGGAUGGUG